GAGUGAGUGUGUGUGUGUGUGCGCGCUGUGCACGUAUUCUACACCGCGUAACAGUGUUUCUGCAGCCUGUAUUUAACACGGUAAACUGGAUCCUCGAAGAACAUGGUGUAGGACCGGGAGAGGAGCGAUGAGGUGCGAAGAAGCCGGAGUCCAAGCCGGAGUCGGAGCCGGAGUCGGGUGAGAGAGAACAGAAAGCCGCAGACGAUCGGGAUCCGGCGGGCACCUCCCUGGGUUCGGCUCGGUUCGGUUCGGCUCCGCACAGCGCGGCUGUCAUCGUCACCGCCAGCGCCAUGCAGCCGUCGAGCUGAAGCAGGCAGGAGCGCCUCACCAUGCUGGGCAAAGACUACACACUCGCCAUCAUCAUAGUGAACUACGACGAUAACAUCUGGAACGACCAGAACCUUGAGCUGGACUCAGACCUACCCCCGGGAUGGCGUACCAUUCGGGACAGCGCUGGCACAUACUACUGGCACGUUCCAACGGGCACCACGCAGUGGCAGCACCCAUGUCACAGCGCUGAAGAUGAGCACAACACCACCCAUAGUACUGCCAGCAGCUGCAAGAGAUUCAGACCUGAUGGCAGACAGGGGUGUUCAAGAAGGCAUAGCGAGAGCCCAAGAGCCUCCAUUACCAACAGGCGAACGCUGUCGUGGCAGGAGGAUUAUUUCUGCAUCAACACGGAUCCUGACUCUAAGUGCUUCUCUGUGCGCUCCCUGGGCUGGGUGGAGAUCCCAGAUGAGGACCUGAUCCCUGGCAAGAGCAGCAUUGCAGUGAACAACUGCAUCCAGCAGCUGUCUAACGGCAAGUGGGAGGGGCGGGAUGCUGCAGGGGCCUGUGGCCAGGGACAGGACAUGGUGAUGGUGCUGAAGAAGGACACACUGAGCCUUUUGGACCCUGUAGACCACAGUCUCAUCCACUGCCAGCUCCUGGUCAACAUCCGUCUGUGGGGUGUGGGCUGCAACAAUGGCAGAGACAGGGACUUUGCCUUCGUGGCCAGUGACAAAGACGCCUGCAUGCUGAAAUGCCAUGUUUUCCACUGCAAUGUCCCGGCAAAGGCCAUCGCAGCCGCGCUGCACGAGAUGUGCUCCAAGAUCAUCGCAGAGGUGGCUGACGUGGAGCCAUCCAUGCAACGUUCCCUUACUGAGGAAAGCCUUUCCCCAGAGGACCUGCCGCGGCCAGUUGACUUCCUGGACACAGGGAGGCAGAGGGAGCAGACGUUUGUGGUGCAGUAUAUUGGCCAUCUCCCUGUUGCUCGGGCUCUGGGCAUGGAGGUGCUCAACCAGGCUAUUGAGAACAUCCUCAAUACAUCAGACCAGAAGAAGUGGACCCAGGCCAUUCUCCAUAUCUCAGAUGCUGUGCUGUCACUUUGGAACAGAGAGGAUGGAGAGGACCCAUUCUGGGAGUGUGAGGUGCGCUACCUGACGUUCCUGGGCGUGGGCCGGGACAGCCGCACCUUUGCUGUGAUUGCGGACACCGGAACGCAGCGGUUUGAGUGUCAUGUCUUCUGGUGCGAGCCUGACGCCGGAGUCGUCUCAGAGGCGGUGCAGGCUGCUUGCAUGGUGCAGUUCCAGAAGUGCUUGGUGACCCAGACCCCACCACUGAAGUCAAAAAAGUGGCAGACUGGCAACAUGGUGGUACGGGCCAGCUCCAUGGACAGUCCCUCCUUUCCAAGUCCUCACCGUAGACUCUCGCCUCCCAAAUUCGGCACGUCCAGCGUCAAGAAAAGUUUACUGGCAUUCUUUGAGAACUUCCGGAGCAAACACUCACUGGUACCUGCUCCGUAGCGGCUGGGUUGGAAGACUGAGUGUGCAGUGAUUGGGGGUAAAGACACAAAGACAAAGAGAUCUGUGUUUGACACACCCAGCAGAAUACUUUGUAGGUCACAAAUGUCACGUGUGGAGAACACCAGGUGAAUUUGAGAGCCAUUACAGCAUUUCUGUGGUACAUACACAUUGGGAAAACACUUUCAGUACAGUGCUAACGUAAAUCAAGGUGCUGCACUGUCACAUUCCUUACCUCUCAUGUCAUGACGGAAUGGAAAAUGCUAAACAUAACGAGACCUGGGAAACACUUCUGAAAUUUAAAAAUUAGCAUAUAAUGCUCAAAAUAUGAAACACAGGUAAGAGAUUAAGAAACUGUAUUUUGUAGUUUAUUUAGACAAAUGUUAUAGUUUAUUAUAAAAUCUAUGUAUAUAGAGUAAUUUUCACACAUUUUUUAUUUUAAUCCUCUCACAAGUUACUGAACACAU